AUGUACGAUGUGAUCUCCGGCCGGCAGGGCUUCGAAGUGCUUUCGGACAAAGUCGUCUUCAAAGACGGAAGUGUAUGGAAGUUUGAUGGGAGUUCAGGGAGCCUCCAGAAGUACUGCGAUCGCGAGCACCAGACAUUGUCGUUCUCGUCCAAAGAGGAGCUGGUCAGCCACUUGGAGGCGACCCGCAUCGACUUCCUGCUUGAGCGCUUAGAGGAGGUCCAGAGCAAGAGCCAGGACAUCGAAAAGGAAACGACGGAUUGGAUGGCCAAGGCCGCGCAGCUUGUGCUCAUCGAUGACCCCUUCGCCUCAGUGGAUGGUCCGACAGGUCAGCACAUCUUCACUGAGUUACUUCUUGGGCCUGUCAUGCGCGGCCGGACUCGCCUCGUGGUGACGCAGCCGGCUCGGGCACGUCUGCAACACUUCGACCGCAUCAUCCUUUUCGAAGACGGCUGCGUGGUCGAGGCUGGUGCCCCCUCAGAGGUGAUGGAGACGGAGGCCUUCAAGCGCAUAGAGCAGCAGCCAAUCGAUGAUGAAUUGGAUGGGGAACAGGCGAGUGCGCCCGUAGCCGAUGCAGCCCAGAGCGUGCUGCUCGCCCAGCAGGCCAACGACGAGGGAGGUAUGCUACUUCGUGAAGAGGAGGUCCAUGAGAACAUCACCUGGGAUUCGAUCUCGUGGUGGCUGCAAGCCGCAGGUCCGCUUAACCUUUUUCUUCUUGUUGGAGCCGUGGCGUUGCGGGCCGUCAUGGCAGCUUGUCCCAGCCAAGGUACAUGA